GUUUGCUGAUAACGAUCAAUGAUUCCUCUAUUACAGUUCUAGCACAUCCUUGUUAUCUUAUCUACUCGGUACCGAGAAGCAUCAUCGCGACCAGUCGAAUCCUUGAAGAUUUGAUCGCAUCCAGAAUAUAUUUGUUUCGAGUCCAUCGAGCACGCGACAGGCUUCAGAUCCACUUCAAAGACCCUCCCUGCCAUCUGCCAACCUACCUACCAACUUCAAGUUUACAGAUACCUACAAUAUGCCGGCCUUUGGACGCGGCGGAGCGGGCAACAUUGAAGCCCUGCAAGCGACGAAAGCAACAAAAGCAUCCAAUGCGACCAACGAAAAAGUGUCCGCAGACCUCGAACGCAACCAACAAGACGCCGAAGACUACGCCGGCACAGCACACCCAGCCCUACACAAUCAAGAAUACGCCCACACAGGCAGAGGCGGAGCAGGAAACUACUACUCCCCUCGCGAACUCAUUGCGACUGGCAAAUUCGAGGGUGUAGACACAAGUCAUGUUCUAGGAGACGGCACACCUGCUCCCAAGGGAGAAAAGGAAAAGGAGGAGCCGACUGUUGUGCGAUAUGGUAGAGGAGGAAUGGGCAAUUUCUUCGGCGUGGACGAGGAGAUGGCGAACAAGUUGAGGAAGAAGCAGGAGGAUGAGGCGAGAAAGCAGGAUGAGUUGAAGCAGCAGAUUGAGAAGGGUGUUGAUGGUAUGCUGUCUCGUCCUGAGAAGGCUCGUUUGCCUGGUGGUGAGCCUUUCUGAGCUGCUCUGAGUUCCGUCGUUCUUGUUCGCUGUUUCAAGGGGCGGUGUUGUGGUUUAUGUCCUUCUCUUUUGUGUAUUUGUCCGAUGUUAAGUUGUCUAUUAUGUUAAUACACCAAGCCGAGAGCUGCGAGACAGCUUGUCUCUCGUACGCAUCUUCAUAGUUUCGAGUUCGUAUUGCUGCUAUGUACUCAUUUCGGAUCCGGUA